AUGCAAUUGUUACAUGUUUUUAUUCUACAUUUAAACGUACUGGUGAUCUAUGGAAAAGAUUACACUGCCUAUGAAUCCAAUCGAUUAAAUAUUACGCAAUUUUAUCGAAAUCAUCUAUUGACAAGAGCACAAACAAAAAAUAGUAGUCAAACCAUAGUAGCAGUUGGUUUAGGUAUUAUUGAAGUUGCAGGAAUCGAUCCACAAAAGCAGGUCAUUACACUUAAUGUUAAUAUGGAAUUAAAAUGGUGCGAUGCAUUCCUACAAUGGAAUACAAGUGAACAAUUAUGCUCUACUGGACGAAAUCGUUCCGAGAUGUUCUUUACUGGAAAUGAAAUAUGGACACCUGACAUUAUUGCAAUAAAUGGUCCAGGAAAAAAAGAUAGAGGAAUUAAAUAUCAAUAUCCUGCAUUAGUUAUUUGUACAGGCAUUGUUCGCUGGUCAUAUCAAGAUAAACUUGUUUCAUAUUGUAAAAUUAAUGUUAAAAAUUUUCCAUUCGACCGACAAUAUUGUUCGAUUCUUCUUCAAUCAACUAUAUACGAUUCAAGUGAAUUAAAAUUACGCAGUUUAUAUACCGUUAUUCAAUUAUAUAAUCUUAUCAAUACAGAAUGGAAAAUAGUACAUUUAACGAUUGAAGAAAUUGAUAUAUACAAUCCACAUUAUUCACGUAAUUUCAGUACGAUUAAAAUUGAUAUUGAACUUGAACGUUUCUCGCGUUUUUAUGUUUUAAAAAUUAUGAUACCCUUUUCUGUUAUAUCAGCACUUGGACUAUUUUCAUUUUGUCUACCGACGGAUAGUGGUGAAAAAAUAGCAUUGACUGUGAGUGUUCUACUUUCAUUAACGAUUUAUUUACAACUCAUAUCUGAUUACGUGCCAAAAAGUGAACGUGGCCUAUCUCUAUUAACAUUGUAUUCCAAUACAAUAUUUUCGUUUGUUUUUCUUUCAUGCGUAUUUAAUAUAUGUACAAUAUUUAUAUAUUAUCAAGAACAGUUUAUAAUAAGAAGUAAAAUGUCAAAGCGAAAAAAAAAUUCUUUUUUACAUAAUCUACAUAAAUCAUUAUCAAAUUUAAAUCAACAACGAUGGUCAUCAUUACAACAAUGUGGAAAUGUUCAAGAAUGUUUAUCGGAAAGUAACAAUGUUAAUGCUCUUGAAGUAUUAAGCGAUAUACGACACAUUCGAGAAUUAUUAAUGAAUUUAUUUGUACGAGAAAAUUCUACUGAUUUUUAUCAAUAUUUAUCUUCUUCAUCGAAACGAUCUGUUAAACAACUUGCUGUUUUGGUUGAUCGAAUUUUCUUUUUUAUUUGUCUUAUUUUAAUACCAUUAAGUAUGGUUUUAUUAUUUACAGCAAACAAUGAAUCAGGUGUGUCAUCAACAGCAACAAAUCAAUUACUGGAUUUUCGUAAAACAGCUGUUGAUCCGAAGCCAAUUUUUCGUGGAUGUCCAACAUAA